UCCUUUUCCUGGGCAGGAUUCCUCCAGCAGCUAGACGGGAGCAGCGGAUCGCCGAGUGAUCAGCAUUAUUCAGCAGCAGUGCACACCGGCAGUGAGUUCCUGUCACCAUGUUUCGCAACCAGUAUGAUAAUGAUGUCACUGUAUGGAGCCCUCAGGGUCGAAUUCACCAGAUUGAAUAUGCCAUGGAGGCUGUAAAGCAGGGUUCUGCUACAGUGGGUCUAAAGUCUAAAACCCACGCUGUGCUUGUAGCGUUAAAGAGAGCCCAGUCUGAGUUGGCUGCACAUCAGAAGAAGAUUCUGAAUGUAGACAAUCACGUUGGCAUCUCCAUUGCUGGACUUACAGCAGAUGCUCGACUGCUAUGUAACUUCAUGCGCCAGGAGUGUCUAGAUUCCAGAUUUGUGUUUGACCGUCCACUUCCUGUGUCUCGUCUCGUGUCUUUGGUUGGAAGCAAAACACAAAUCCCAACUCAGCGUUAUGGGCGAAGACCGUAUGGAGUUGGACUUCUCAUUGCCGGUUUUGAUGAUAUGGGUCCUCACAUCUUCCAGACCUGUCCCUCUGCUAAUUAUUUUGAUUGUAAAGCAAUGUCGAUCGGGGCCAGGUCGCAGUCAGCUCGCACAUAUCUGGAGAGACACAUGUCAGAGUUCACGGACUGUAAUCUAAAUGAACUGGUGAAACAUGGUCUACGUGCAUUAAGGGAAACCCUCCCUGCUGAGCAGGACCUGACCACCAAGAAUGUUUCCAUUGGUAUUGUUGGAAAAGAAUUGGAGUUCAUGAUCUAUGAUGAUGAUGAAGUUGCGCCUUUCCUAGAAGGUUUGGAGGAACGACCACAAAGAAAGUCUGCUCCCCCGGCGGAGGAUCCUGUGGACAAGCCAGAGGAGCCAAUGGAGCACUAAUGGUGCAGCCUGACUGCACUGGGGUGGUGAUAUCUGCAGCCCGCACUCCAAGUCUCCAAAGAAAAUCAUAUGUAAAUCUGAUCUUAAGUACACAUUCUGUAAUCAUUCAGAAAAACAUCCAUUGCCCAAAUGGUGCGGAAAAGUGUAUGUUUUGUAUGAUGCCAUUUGCCUUUGUGGUUUGAAGGCAACUUUAAUAAACAUUUUUUUUUUUCGUUGAAA